AUGGGCACCAUCAUGGGAGCCGGGCGAGCGGCGGGGCUGCUGCUGCUGGUUGUGCUACUGACGAUGCCUAGAGCCCGAGCGAACUGUGGGGAGAGAGAGUACUCCCAUCAAGAUCACUGCUGUGUGUUUUGUGAAGCAGGUAGCUUUGUUGCUGAUCACUGCAAUACUUCACAUUUGCAAGGAAAAUGUGACCCUUGCAAGGAAGGAAAAAGCUUUACUGCCCAUGCCAACGGCUUGGAGCACUGCUUGGCUUGCAGACAGUGCAAAGAAGAUCAGAUAACUCUGAGACCCUGUACCCUGACACAGAAUGCUGAAUGCCAGUGCAAACCAGGGUAUUUCUGUGAAGAUGAGGGCUGUGAAAUAUGUCGGAGAAUCAGUCAAGAGCAUCUGGAUGGGAAAGAAAUCAUGAAUUCCACCGAUACCAUGGAACUAGGCUUAACUAAUCAAGUGAAGGAAGAACGUGUUUGGUUUAUUCCGGUGCUUGUGUCAGCUACUUUGAUUUUCCUCGUCGUCAUUGUUGUUGUUCUUGUUAAAAAGCUGAAGUGUGAUAAAGGUAACUGCUUGAUUAUUAUCCAUGAAAUUUGCUUUCCACAGCUGGGCAAAGCAUGCACUAGGGCUGUCCCUGGUUCUUGUAUUGCCUCACAAGGGACCUGUUUAAGCUCUAGUUUAUUUUGUGUGUGAUUGAAAUUAGCAAAUGAGUAAAGUGGAAGAGUAGUUUUGCUUGGUAAAUAAAAUGCAUAAUCCUUAACUAUGAGUUUUCUUAUCUUGCUGACAGAUGCCUCUGCUUCAAAGCAAGAUUAUCAUAAGGUCCUUAAAAAGGACUUCUCCAAUCAACUUGCCUUGCAUUGGCAAAGAGGAAAAACCUGUGUGGGGGUUCAGGUGCAUGGGGCAAAAAGUAGCAGCUAAUUAGAUCACUAAUUCCUUUAAUUGUGUUUGGUUGUGGAGAUUUUUUUGGUACAAAUUGGUUCCCUUUAGUAAUUUGAACCUCUUAAUGUGAAUAUUCAAGUUGGUAAGUACUGUGUGAAUUUAUUUUGUAGUGGAAACUGAGCUGUUUUCCUUGGAAACUUCUAUUUCUACUAUUGUGUUUCAAAGUAUUUUUGCUACUAGCAUGGUUGAAAUAAUACUGAAAGCUAUUAUGAAUCUUAAGUGCUGGGUUUGUUGAAAUCAUGUCUUACUGAUUGUAUUGCAGUAAAGACAAUUUCUGCCUUCUGUAUUGCAAUAGCCUACGAAAAUUCUGAGAAACAAAAGCUGGAGUAGAGGAUGAAGUGGCUUAAAAGUCAAACAGCAUCUUGUAGUCUUCAUUUUGCUAAGCAGUAUUAAGGCACAGUAUUUGUGUUGUUGCUAAGGGUUGUACUGGGAUGAAAUAUAUGACCGGUCAAAGAAACUAAAUGGCUUUUAAAAGCUUUGUCUGUGUUACAAAAGUUUCUAUUGUGUAUAAGUCUUGUGUGAUUUCAGCCAUGUUUAAGUUGCUGCAAUUCUUAUAAAUUGCUCAGACACUUUUUUUUUUUCCAGCUGCUGCAACUGUUAAAGAUAUAGAGGGGCGUCUGGUAAGUAUGUGAUGGACCCAGUGUUUAAUCUCUAAUUGCUCACAGCCUAAUUGUACCUGACACACAGCUCUCAAUGUUUGUCUCACUGUAGAUCUCUGCUAGGAUGUGUUCCUGUGAUGCAACAAGUUGUGAUUCAUGCAAGGUCAGAAAUCAAUUAGCAAGUGUCUGAUGCAUUCAAUAGCUGCUGGUGUCUCCUUGUCAAUACUGGAAAACACUUCAGAGCCUGUGACCAGGAUGCUUUGGAAGUGGGGAAAAAACUUGGACUAGCUGCAAGUUUUCACUUCAGACUGUCUCCAAGUGAUACCUUGAUCCAAUUAAUUUAUUUUUUGCUGCUUCCCAUGUGAUGGCAGCUAUUGUUUGGUGUUGCAGCAUGGUGGGGUUCCAGCUCUCACUGCACUGUGACUACAAAUUAUUAGUUCAUAAGACUUAACCACUCCUGAUCCACUAAGUGAUUGAGUCUUCCUGCCUCUGGGCUCAUGUCACAAGCUACAGACCAGGACCUGACAGUCUGAAUUCUUGGUCCUAAGCAGUCCCAAAGGAGGAGGAGUUCAUGGCUCAGAGCAUGCCAGUCUCAAAGUACAUCCCUGAAAAGGGUUUAUCCAGCUGAGACUGGCUGCUGGCAUUUGUUCCAGCUUGAAGCUGGGUAUAUAUACCCUGGCAUCCAAAUGCCAUUUCAGAACUUUACUGUUUGAGUCUAAAAAACCUAUAGCUAGUCCAGCAUUCUGCAAGACAAACACAAGGCUGGAUGAAGUAAAUACAAGGUGGCUUUAACUUCUCUAGUUAGAAACUACAUCACUACCAGCACCACAAGGCAAAAAUGAGCCCAGUCUUAGUUUUACAAAACAAGUGUUAGUCUUGAUGAGCAACUAGGAAGAAUAUCCAUACUGUUCUCAGUGUGUGUACAGCACUUUUUUUUUUCUCCCUGGAGCUUCUCUUGUCCUUCACCAAUGCAUUACCCACCCAGUGUAUGCACUCUUGUCUAAUGUUACUAAGUAGACAUUUUGAGUAAUUAAAUGCAUUUUAAUUAUGUUAAAAAUACUUGAAGACUGAAGAAACAGAAUUGAAAGAGAUGUUCAAAGGCUCACCCUAAACUCUGCUCUUUUUCUUUUUUAAGGUCCAUAAGUGGCUCAAAUAUGUGAAACACCCCAGGUUUUUUGUUGGGUUGUAUCUCCCCUCAUGCCCUGGCCAGAUUUGCAGCACUUCACCUAUUUAUAGAAGCUGAUGAAGAAACGUGACAAAAAACCUGGUCAAAAAAUGCUGUAGCAUAGGAAUAGCAAAUAUAACAUGUCUUUAAUUUCAAUAAAAUAGUUGCAGAAUGAUGCAGUUACAAAUUGGUGCACAAUGCCACUUGUUUCUCAUGUAAGAGCUGUCACAGGCAGAUGCAAAGUCUUGCACUUGGAGUGCCCGUGCUGCUGUAAGAGCUUCUUUGCUAAGGAGAGUUCCACUGAUGCAGGCCUGAGACUGAGUAUUUUGGCACCCACACACCCUCCCUCCCAAAGAACCAGUGAAUUCAUACAGCACUAAUGCCCCCAACAGCUGCUGAUACUUGAAUAGCUGAUGCUGGGUUUUGGAACAAAAGACAGUGCUCUUUCAGUCAUUUGUUUUCCUGUUUAAGCGUUAUCCUGUAUAAAUAAGAUCAACUUCUAUAGUGUGCUUAUACCCAUAAACAGAAAGUGUUUCAGUGAAAAUGAUGUGCAACUAUCUGUGUCAUAUGUAGGGGGGUUCCCCCUCACAUCCCCACUUAUGCAUGUUGGUCAUGGGGUGGUGUCACCUGUGGGUCACUGUCACUGAGCAAACAGAAAGCAUGCUGGCUUAUGCUUACAAAGGGCUUGUACCUUA